UUUUGUGUCAGCCCCAGAUAUUACAGCUGUGAUCAGGAGGUGGAUGGAUAGAUGGAUGGAUGGAUGGAUAGAUGAAUGAAUAGAUGGAUAGAUAGAUGGAUAGAUAGAUAGAUAGAUAGAUAGAUAGAUAGAUAGAUAGUUAGUUUUUAUUUCUGUGCGUGGAUUCCUUUUGCUUGACAGUAUUAAGGGCAGGCUGGGCUGUUUAUGAUUUUUUGAACAGACCUUUAUGGCACCAGCCCAAGAUACGUCAUGACGGAUCAAACAGUUACCGUUUGAUGCAGCUUGGAUGCCUGGAGUCUGUGGCCAACUCGACCGUCGCCUAUUCCUCCUCAUCUCCUCUCACUUACUCUACCACGGGCACCGAGUUCGCCUCCCCGUACUUCUCCACUAACCACCAGUACACCCCACUGCACCACCAGUCCUUCCACUACGAGUUCCAACACAGCCACCCGGCAGUCAACCCCGACGCUUACUCCUUGAACUCUCUCCACCACUCCCAGCAAUACUACCAGCAGAUCCACCAUGGAGAACCCACUGAUUUUAUCAACCUGCACAAUGCGCGGGCACUCAAGUCCUCCUGCUUGGACGAGCAGAGGAGAGAGCUGGGGUGCUUAGAUGCUUACCGCCGCCACGACCUGUCUCUUAUGAGCCAUGGAUCCCAAUAUGGGAUGCAUCCAGAUCAAAGACUCCUGCCAGGACCAAGCCUCGGGCUUGCAGCCUCGGGAGCAGACGAUUUGCAGAGCUCAGUGGAGGCCCAGUGUGGACUUGUACUCAACGGUCAAGGAGGUGUGAUAAGAAGAGGUGGCACCUGUGUUGUGAACCCCACUGACCUGUUCUGCUCCGUCCCUGGUCGCUUGUCCCUGCUCAGCUCCACUUCCAAGUACAAAGUGACCAUUGCAGAGGUGAAGAGGCGCCUUUCACCACCAGAAUGCCUCAACGCCUCCCUCCUGGGAGGUAUUUUGAGAAGAGCAAAAUCCAAGAACGGAGGACGCUGCUUGAGAGAAAAAUUAGACAGACUUGGACUAAAUUUGCCUGCAGGAAGAAGAAAAGCAGCAAAUGUCACACUCCUGACUUCCCUGGUAGAAGGGGAAGCGCUACAUUUGGCCAGAGAUUUCGGCUACACCUGUGAAACAGAGUUCCCUGCCAAGGCAGUAGGAGAGCACAUUGCCAGACAGCACAUGGAACAGAAAGAGCAGACAGCGAGGAAAAAGAUGAUCCUAGCGACCAAACAAAUAUGUAAAGAAUUCCAAGACCUUCUAAGUCAAGACAGAUCACCCCUCGGAUCCUCCAGACCAACUCCAAUAUUAGACCUCGACAUCCAGAGACAUUUAACACAUUUCAGUUUGAUCACUCACGGUUUCGGAACUCCUGCAAUAUGUGCUGCCCUAAGCACUUUCCAAACUGUUCUCAGUGAAAUGCUGAACUACUUGGAAAAGCACACAUCGCACAAAAACGGAGGAGCGGCGGAAUCCGGCCAAGGACACGCCAACUCGGAGAAAGCCCCCCUGCGGAAAACUUCAGAGGCUGCUGUGAAAGAGGGCAAAACAGAAAAGACAGACUAGCUACAUCAAACAGAAUCUAUUUCGAGAGAGUUCUUGCUGCUGAUAUUUUUUUUAAAUAUAUAUAUCAUUGAGGGCAAUUUAUCUCCAGUGGACCAA